AAGGGGGGAGAGAGAGAGAGAUUGAUGGUUGGACUGUAAUUCAUGAGUGAAGUUGAGGGGUAUAAAAGGUAAGGUUUGGGACUUGGAACAGUACACUGAGGCAUUAAACGAUUCACACACAACUUAACUCGGGACGUCACCUGAAUAUCUUGUACGAAGAUGUCUGACUUCGACCAGAUUCUGAAGUACUGGCCCGCCGUUGAGAAGGACUACAGAGGAGUUGGCGGCGAGGUUCUGACCCGUCUCUUCAAGGAGUAUCCCGACACGCAGAAACUGUUCCCCAAGUUCGCUGGGCUUUCACAAAGCGAGCUGGCCGGCAACGCGGCAGUUGCAGCCCACGGCGAGACCGUGCUGAAGAAGCUGGGGGAGCUGUUGAAUGCCAGGGGGAACCACGGCCCCAUCCUCAAGCCGCUGGCAACCAACCAUGCCAAGACACACAAAAUCGCUCUCAACAACUUCAAGCUGAUCACCGAGGUCCUUGCGAAGGUGAUGGCUGAGAAAGCGGGGAUGGAUGCGGCUGGACAAACGGCCCUGCGGAACGUGAUGGGAGUGGUCAUCGCGGAUAUAGACUCUGUCUACAAGGAAGUCGGUUUCCAGGGUUAAAGACAGAAACCCCACCAUAAACAGACUUGCAGACUUUGUGAAAAUUAAUAGCAACUUACAAUAGCGCUUAAUCGUCUAAUAGACAUAAAUGAUAAAUGACUCAGGCACCACAUUAUAUGGUAACUGUACUGCAAGGCUAUUAACUAAGAGCUGGUAAGAACAUGUUUAAUGCUAGUAGCUAUGAUUCCGGGUGAAAGACUCAGAGGGGAGAGAGAGGGUCUGAACUGAGACAUGACUUGCUUUCACAUUUCUAAAGGGGCCUUAUAUAGACAACAAUUUAUUACUUUCACUAUUUCUUCUAACUCAAUCUUUCCUCUUGAUUCUAGCUAUGUAAGCUUGAUUGCUGUUUUCAUAAAGAAUCAACUUGUUUUUGCUGUGUUCUGAGGAUCACAAUUAAAGGGAAAUUAUAUACAUCAUUUGCAAAA